AUGCCAAUUAGCUCUCUUGCAAAGACCAUCGAGGAUUGGUUGGAGAUCGCAGAAAAUCUGGCUAUGGAGAACUCUAACCGGCGAGUAGCGCCAUUGGCGCCCAUGUACAUUCCCACUCAGAUGCGACAAGGAAACGGCACGGAUAAUUCGACUCCUGCUACAAACGGAAGCAAUGAUAUGUCGACCCUAAAGUCACAGGGCAAGCAACGACGCGCCGGUGAAUCUCCCACCCCUUCUCCUUCCAAUGUACACAACUUGACCACUCCUGGCAAGAAACUUUUCGCCGGUAUCAUCACGGGGAACAAGCGAGCCCAUGCCGAUGAGAGAUCUAUAUCUGAAGGUAUGCCAGCGGAUGAGAGUGGUGAAAUUCCUACGAGCCAACCAAGCAAGAAAGCAAAGCAGCUGCGAGAUGGAGAGGAGCUUGUUGUUAUCGGUUGUCACUCCGAAGAACCAUGCAUCGCGGUCUAUGCUAAGUUGAAGGUACCUCGCCCCAACGCUGAGCCGAUGACCUACAUCUAUACACGCAAGAAUCAAAACUUUCCGAAAUCGGACAUGGAUGAGCAACGAUGGAAGGACCUUAUACCCCCAAAUAGGUCAGUAGCUAUUGGUAAGGUCACGUUGAGCAGUGUCCUGUUCCCAAAGUAUAUCGAUGAACUUCGUACCGCAACUAAUAGGCGGAAGCUCGAGAUCAUAAACGAGUUUCUAUUUGCGAAGGAGAGUUUUGAAGAACAUAAGGAUGACGAACAACAUUCCGCUUCUGCAGCUCGGACUAGACGUGUCUAUGAUCCCGAAUAUAUCUUAGUCGGUUCCCAUAGGCAAGAUUCCAGCGCUCCGGUUCAAGCCCACAUUGCUACUCAUCCAGUUGGAUCUACUCCUCAAAUCUCGUUCAUCGUCUCAAAAAACCAUGGGCAGCCCAGCAAGAUGGAUUCCUCGAGACGAUACAUCAAGGACAUAGGAAACGUCCUCUUUUACCCGGAGUUCGUCAAGGAUACCUUCAAUGAGACCAUAAAUGAGAUCCUACCUCGUUUUACGUGGAAAGAUACAGAGCUUAUUGAUAGAUCUGAGAUUGACGCUGAAUCAUACACUGAGGGAGAUGGUCAAGCCUGCGGCAGCGACGACGAGUUGACCGGUACCAUGGUUGCCUCCCGUUCCUAUCCUGGCAAAUCCAGAGAUCCAAUUUCAACUCAAACUUUGGUCGAAUACGAUUCAGAAAGCAGAGCACUGCCUCGUGGGGGACAUGCCGUGGACACACCAUCUAAUAUGGAUCGCAGCGAGAGCUGGGCUGUGGACUUAUAUGACGCAGAUGACUUGCCUGGAUUUCCAACGAACCUCGAAAAGGCAAGAAUCGCAAGCAUGACCGCUGCUGCUCUAUACGAUCAACAGGUGCGAACCUACUGCCGAAGCUUGGAGAGUCAAAAUUCUAAGCUUGCGAGUGAGCGUGGAGCUUUGGACGACCAAAGAAAAGCCUUAGAUCUGCUUAGAAAUGAUCUCCAAACGCGCGAAAAAGUCUUGAAUGAACAACAAGCUGAAUCCAAUGAGCUCGCUGGCGAAAUCAAGAGCUGGGAAGAACAGAAGAAGCGCCAAGAGUCAGAGCUGAAGUUUCAAAAAGAUGAAGUUGGAAAGCAGGUCGAGGAGAAUGAGAGACUUUUGAGGGCGGUGAAGCAGCGCGAGGAGGAUUUCGAGGCGCGAAAAAAUGCUCUUACACAGCGACCGCAAGGCAUCAGAGCAAUGGGCUUAGCGACGGCUCGACCAGCCACUCCCGUCCGUACCCUGGGUGCCAUUCAGCCCGUACCCACUUCACCGGUGCUAUCGAUCAUAAUUCCCAAAGCCUUGGUUCUCGAGACCAAAACUUUCUGGUCAUCCUAUACAAAGAUCCCACCCGGUGAAGACAAUGAAGGAUACUACUGGCGCAUGGCGAAUCCGAAGAAUAUCAAUAUCCGAGGCAAGAAGUACUUGGAGACCCGCUUCUUACUGGAGAUCAGUAGCGAGACCAGUGUCAUCACGAACCCGAAGCUGGCUGUUGAAGGCAAAAUCGUGGGUCAGCCGCUUGCGUUUUCCGAAAAAGAGCUCAUCCAGUACGAACAUAUGGGACGCUCGAAGAUGGUCCAGAAAUAUGGGCCUAAAAGCUUCUACUACUUGGACACGUUGGUUUUGGCCGUUUCGAUUACUCAAGUUCGCCCCACAUUCGUCACCCCCAACGCCACUUAUAAUAAACUCUGCCUUCAACGUCUCCAACCUCCUUCCUGGCCGGUGCCGGCUACACGCCCUGUUUACGGCGGCGUGUCGGACGAUGAUUCCGAUGUCAUAUCUGUCCCUUCGGUAGUCAAGCGUCCCCCUCCCGCCGAAGAAGGCACCGCCUGGAAGAAAUUCAAGGUAGAAGAAAUAGGCACCAUGAGCAAGAUCAGUGUCAAGACGGAAGGGGGAAGCCUGAAGAAGAAAAGUAUUGGGAAACAAUCCAGCAUCAAGGACUUCUUUGCGAAGAAAACUUCACUCGAUCUUGGGCCAUGA